AUGUACUAUCCAUUGAUUCAUUUUACACCAUCGCUACGAUACCUGACAAGUGCGCAAAAGUCCAUACAAGAAUAUAGCGCAGGAAGUGUUACAACUAUUGAUACGAGUAGUUGCAGCAGUAAUACUAGUCCAUCAAUCUUGUCAUUAAGUAGUCAUCAGCAAUCAAAUGCUACCUGUUCAUGGUCCAGUUCCAUCGAUAUUCCACGAGUUCACUUAAAAUGUUAUCAGAUGAAACCUAUCGAUAGUACAGACAAACAGCGAUGGUUGCCACGAUGCAAUCACUUUGCUGGUGAUCCGACAACAAAUACUCUUUGUGAGGGUACCGAUGUACUGACCGCUUGGGCGGCAUCUAUUAGACAAGCUUUGAUGCCGAUCACACCACAAACAAGUGCGGUCAGUGUGCAAAUGCCUAUCACAGCGGACAGUGGUCAACAGCAGCAAUCACAAAAUAUACAACAAUUCAUCAAUGAAAUGGAUCAAUUAGGUGUACAAUUACGAGAUGAGCAAGAUUUUUCACAACGUUAUCAAAUUUUUAUCGAUGAAAUCCUUGGUUCAGGGCAAUUUGGGACCGUGUAUGGAGGAAUUCAUCGAAAAACGGGGAGACAUGUUGCUGUAAAAUUAAUUAAUAAAAUGAAAUUUCCAAACAACAAAGAAGCAGCUCUUCGAACCGAAGUUGACAUUUUGAGCAAAGUCGAACAUCCAGGUGUGGUGGCGUUCCAGGAAAUGCUGGAAACAACGGAUCGAAUAUUCGUUGUAAUGGAAAAGCUUAAAGGUGAUAUGUUGGAAAUGAUUUUGUGCAGCGAAAGAGGAAGGCUAUCCGAACGGGUUACACAAUUUCUAGUUUAUCAGAUACUUAUUGCACUACGCUAUCUUCACAGUUUGAAUAUCGUGCAUUGUGAUCUGAAACCCGAAAAUAUUUUGCUAACUUCAGAUUCGGACUUCCCUCAGGUGAAACUAUGUGACUUUGGUUUUGCUCGGAUUAUUGGUGAAAGAGGAUUUAGGCGAUCUGUUGUUGGCACACCUGCUUACCUUGCCCCAGAAGUGCUGUGUAAUAAAGGCUUUAAUCGGUCGUUGGAUAUGUGGUCCGUUGGUGUUAUCGUGUAUGUUAGUUUGUCCGGCACAUUUCCAUUCAACGAAGAGGAGGACAUUAAUGAUCAAAUCCACAAUGCCGAUUUCAUGUAUCCCAUAAAUCCGUGGUGUGAAAUUACAGCUGUAGCAAUUGAUUUUGUCAACAAUUUACUGCAAGUUAAAAUGAGCAAACGAUUAACGGUGUUGAAAGCGUUAAGUCAUAAUUGGCUACAGAAUUAUCAGCUUUGGUCAGAUUUGCGAUCUUUGGAAAAAGAAGUUGGCAAGCGGUUCUUGACGCACGAAUCAGAUGAUGCUCGAUGGACAAAUUACGAGAAUGAACUUGGCCUGAAACCUACUUAUUUGUAG